AUGGAUAACUCGCACAAUUUCCUUCCGCAGCCUCCGGCCCUGGUCAACCCGCCGCCCCAGAUCUUCGGCAGCUACAGUGCUGACGGCUCGCCCAUCCAGCCGCAGCUGCCCGCAAACAUGUUUGAUGAUGCCAUGAUGAUGGGCUCGCAGGACGGGAACGACGAGGGCCAAGGGGACCCCAAGAGGAGGCGCAUUGCAAGGGCCUGUGACAUGUGUCGCAAGAAGAAGAUCAAGUGCGAUGGCAAGAUGCCCUCUUGCACCCACUGCACAAACUACAAGACUGAAUGCGUCUUCACCCAAGUCGAGAAGAAGCGCCAACCACCCAAGGGCGCCAAAUACAUCGAAGGACUUGAGAACCGCCUUGGCCGCAUGGAGAGCCUGCUUCGCCUGUCCGGGCUCCUUUCCGAGGAUGACGACGGCAGGACAGACCUAGGCACGUUAGAAAAGCGUUUGUCGGAAAAGCGCGCGGCGGGCCCAAACACUGGCACAACUUCCUCGCGCGCAUCGCAUGACGGUGGCUCCACGCAGCAGCGUGACGAGGGCUCGCCCUCGCAGAGAGGGACCCCAGCCCAGGCUGCAGAGCUGUCGAGCCCCCGCAGCCCCGUCACAUCUCCCGCACCUUCCCGUCCCGCCAGGAAUUCUACCCAGGAACCUCCUCCUAGGAAUGAAGAGGAAGUGGAAUCGUUGUCGGACAUGAUGUGCUCGCUCGUGACCAACAAUUGUGGCGAGACUCGAUACAUUGGGUCUUCAUCUGGUUUUUCAAUCUUCUCCCCCAAGGGUAUCCAGUGGGUCAACGACAAGACCGGCGACACCUCAUUCCAGGAUAUGAUCACCAACGCAGCUGUCGAUGACAACAAGUGGAUACAUUGGAAACCUGACAUCUUCCGUGACAUCUUCUCGCGCCGUGUUUUCAAACCCCUGCCGCCGAAGGAGGAAGCACUUUCACUCUUGAAGGACUACUUUGCCAACUUCAACUGCAUGUUCCCGCUUUUCCAUGAGCCCACUUUCAUGCACCUUGUUGACAAGCACUAUUCGGAGGACCCGUAUGAAGGCUCUGGCUGGUGGGCGAGUCUCAACGUGGUGUUGGCCAUCGCCCACAGACUCCGCGUCAUGAGUAACCUGGUGCCGCAGGAAGAAGACCAGAAGGCCUGGGGAUACCUCAAGAACGCUCUUGCUGUGCAGACAGAACUGACUAUUCGCAACACCGACCUUCUGAGUGUCCAAGCUCUCUUGGGAAUGGCUCUUUUCCUUCAAGGUACCCCGAAUCCCCAACCGUCAUUCUUCCUCGUCGCAGCUGCCAUUAGGCUGUCACAUAGCAUUGGUCUCCACAAGCGUGGUUCGGGAUUCAACCUGAAUCCCGCCGAGAUCGAACAACGGAAACGCGUCUUCUGGAUCGCCUACAUGCUAGACCGAGACAUCUGCCUGCGGUCCGGCCGCCCUCCCAUCCAGGAUGAUGAUGACAUGAACGUCGAGCUGCCAAGCGAAAAUCCUCCGGACAACAUCGGCAACAUCCCGCUUGCUGAUGGUAAGAAGAAGGUCAAUCUAUUCCGGCUCAUGUGCACUUUCGCCGUCAUUGAGAGCAAGGUGUAUAAAAGCCUGUAUUCGGUCAAGGCUUCAAAGCAGUCCGACGGCGAACUGCUCAAUACGAUAGGCGAACUGGACAGAGAACUUGAGGAGUGGAAAGAUGGUAUUCCGAUCGACUUCCGGCCUGAGCAUGAGAUCAAGGCAUCGCACACUCCACUCAUCCUCCACGUGGUGGUUCUCCACUUCGCUUACUACAACUGUUUGACGACCAUUCACCGCAUGUCUGUUCACCAUGGAUACUGGACGAGCAGAUUGUCAAACUUUGCUAUCCAAGGUCUCAACGCCCGGCCGUUGAAUCCUAGGGUAUUCUCCUCGGCUGCAUUGUGUGUCCAAGCUGCCCGUGCCUCUAUCAACCUGAUCAAGUAUAUUCCGCAGGGUGAUUACGCUUGUGUCUGGCUUAUUCUCUACUAUCCUGUGUCGUCCCUCGUGACGCUCUUUGCCAAUAUCCUUCAGAAUCCUCAGGAUACUCGGACUAAAUCUGACCUGAAGUUGAUGAAUCUCGUCGUCAACUUCCUCUCAACACUUUGCUCCGAUGAAGAGAACGGCAGCGUCCGCCGCAUGCUCAGUAUAUGCUCGGAAUUCGAACGCAUCGCCCGAGUCGUGUUGGAGAAAGCGGACAAGGAAUCAUCAUCGAAACGGAAGAGAAGACAACAAGACGACCAGAACAAGGACGGGCAACAACAGCACGGCGCUCAGAGCAUCAAUCAGAUGCAGCAACAACAACGAUCGGAUAGCAGGCGCUCCUCAUCCCUGACGCCGAGUGUCAAUGGCAAUGCCGGAUCAGGAUUCCCUCACUUCACUUCCAACUUUGCAAACCCCAACUUCAACUUUUCGCCAUCGAUGCCUCAUGCUUCGUUACAACAGGGUUCAUGGCUUCCGGAUCUAUCAUCGCCGCAAACGGUGCCCGCCUUCCUACCGCAACAGACAUUUCCACAUUCACAAACAGGAACGGAUGCCUCGGCCAGCAACUCUGGUUUCUCGACGGCAACCGGGGUUCACCCUGCGUCGGAGAGAACGAGCGGACCUACCGCACUUAACGGCGGCCAUUUGCAUGAUUUCGACAUGGGCGCAGCCUUCCAGCAGCCAUUCGUUCCCCAGGAUCUCUGGCAAAUGCCAAUGACGCUUGAAUGGGACUGGGCUGACAUGACGGGCUAUGGAGGUAUAGAUGACGGCAUGGGAGGAAUGAGCAUGAGCGGAGUCAUAAACAUGAACCACCCAACCGGCCAGAACCAGGAAAUGCAUGAUGCCCAGCGUCAAUCACCGCACCAAAGAAACGAGACCGUCCCGUCGUAG